AUGUCCAAAUUUCUCAGACAAAAGUCUUGCAAUUGUCAAGAUGAGGACUCCAGCACGGCGCUUGAAGCAACUAACACUUUGCUCAGACAAAUCACCAACCACAUUGAGGCACAGGAGAACAUACAUGUGGACCCUAACCAGGCACAGGAUACCAUGCACUCCUCCUUGAUGGAGGAGUAG